AUGCCGCUUGUGUUGGCAGAUGGGCUGCGCUCGGACCAGAUCUUCGUGGCGCAGCGCGCGGGCGACGGCGCGGGCGACGAGAACGCGGCGGCGGCAGCGGCGGCGGCGGCGCGCAGCAGCCUGCGCGGGCCGCACUUCGACACGAGCGCGCAGCGCAACGUCACGGCGCUGGUGGGGCGCACGGCACGCCUGCACUGCCGCAUCCACAACCUGGGCAACCGCACCGUGUCGUGGGUGCGGCACCGGGACAUCCACCUGCUGACGGUGGGGCGCUACACGUACACCAGCGACCAGCGCUUCCAGUCCAUCCACGCGCCGCAGUCGGACGACUGGGUGCUGCAGAUCCGCUACCCGCAGCACCGCGACUCGGGGCUGUACGAGUGCCAGACAUCUGUUGGCUUCCCGCUCAUCCUUUUUGACCGCAGCCAUCCGUCAAACAGAGCAAGCCGCGUCAAGGGCAUGCAUAUUGCAGCGGAAGGGCCGGGGUCUGUUUGGAGCGCUCGCCCUCCAUUAUUAAAACGCCGCGGCCGAAUUGGGCAGCUGGGCCGCUUGCAGCGCACUCGCGCGGGCGGCGAGGCGGCUGCGGCGAGCGGCGGCGGGGCGUGGGCGGGGCUGGGCGAGGCGUGGGCGGGGCUGGGCGAGGCGUGGGCGGCGCUGGGCGAGGCGUGCGGGGCUGGGCGAGGCGUGGGGGGGCUGGGCGGCGGCUGGGCGAGGCGUGGGCGCGACAAGCAGCGCGGACGGCGGCCGGCCUUGCGGCGGCGCCGGCCACUGACACGCGCCGGGGCGGCGUUGGGGCGGGGCGGGGGUCUAAUCAAGGAAGGCGCGCGUCCGGUGCUCGGCGCCGCCAUCAAAUCACACGGCGAGCGCCGCCUCUCGACGCCCCGCGCCUCCUCGCCUCGCCCCGCCCCUGCUAGGUCCCGCCAACACCCACGCUCUAUGCACGGCCCCCGCUUCGCCAACGCCCACUAG